AUGGCGUCCUUUAUACGUCUCGCCAAGACAUCAGCCCUCGCACGAUAUACUUUGGUAACGAGAACUAAUUGUGGAAGGUGUGUGGGAAGCCAGGCUGCCGCCCUGACGGGUCGGUGUGCCCUGGUGACAGGGUCCACCAGCGGGAUCGGGCUGGGGAUAGCACGGGCUCUGGCAAACAGCGGAUGUGACGUCGUCUACACCGGGUUUGCAGACGAUAAGCUAUUAACAAAGCUCCAGGACGACUUCCGAAGUUACACCGGGAUAAAGGCCACCUACAUCCCAGCGGAUCUGACCAGUACUGCAGAUGUAGAGAGACUGUGUGCUGAGGCAAGGGGACAUUGCACAGAUGGAGUGGACAUCAUAGUUAAUAAUGCAGGGUUUCAGCAUACGUCACCUAUCGAGUCGUUUCCCCUGGCAACGUGGGACGCCAUGAUGGCCGCCAUGUUGACUGCACCCUUCCUUAUAAUUCAACACCUUCUUCCAGCCAUGAGGACUAAAGGAUGGGGAAGGAUAAUUAAUAUAUCCUCUGCUCACGGUGUGGUGGCUUCUGUGGAGAAGUGUGCAUACGUGUCAGCGAAACAUGGCAUUAACGGACUAACCAAGGUCGUUGCCUUGGAAACGGCGGGGAGCGGGGUCACGUGUAACGCCGUGUGUCCCGGAUGGGUUCUGACACCACUUGUUGAAAAACAAAUUCGCCAACUGAUGAAAGAUCACAGCAUAACUUGGGAAGACGCACAGACGAUGCUUCUAUCGAACAAGCAGCCUUCCAAAGGUUUUGUGACUCCUGAACAGAUCGGAAACGUGGUAACCUUUCUUUGCUCCCAAGCAGCCAAUCAGAUGACAGGAUCCAUCCUUUCUAUUGAUGGAGGAUGGACAGCCCAGUGA